UUCAGUGUUUAAAUCGGUUUGACAAGUUUUCCAGGGAGGAUCAUGGGGGGCCAGUUUGUGUAGCUAGUUGACAUAUCGAUUAAAAGGAAGCGCCCUGGCUAACUAUAGCUUGAUUUAGAGUCCUAAAGUUUAACAGAUGUAGAGACUUCAGCUGUAAGGGAUUCUCUAAGCUUUCUGAAAUCAGGUAUUACAGACUCUCUGGAUCAGGGAAUCCAACGAGAGUGAAGAUGAACCGCCUGUCUUUUGACGAUCCCUCCUUGGACCUGGAUCCAUCACUAGGCUCCCUUAAUGACCCCAGUGAAAUUGACACAGCCCUCUUAAGCGACAUCGAUGACAUGCUUCAACUCAUCAACAAUCAGGACAUGGAGUUUGGAGGACUCUUUGAUCCCACUCACUUUUCUGGGGGCCCAUCCACCCAGGAAAUCAAUGGCCUGUCUCCGAGCAUGACCCCUGCCUCUCCUCCAGCUUCUACUCCCACACCUUCAUCUUCAUCCACCACAACCUCCUCUAUCCUGAGCAGCAAUCCACACUUGGAUGCCCUGUUGGGUCCACCCAUUAGCCGUAGCUCUUCAACCCCAGACAAAGCCUUCCAGCCUUCCACCUUCCAGCAGUCUCCUCUGGCUCAGGUACCCAGCUCUGCACAGAGGCAGCAGCCGUCGCCCAGCCAGCAGGCUCAGAUCCUCAGACAGCCCCAGAUGGAACCGGCCCAGCCGACCCCUGUUCAGACAGCAUCCCCUCAAUGUUCGCCUUCACCGAAUCCCACUUUCAGCCCCGCGACACAAACGCUCUUCACUUCACCAGCACCUCAGACCCCAGCACAGCCUCAGGCACAGCCUCAGGCACAGAGCACCUUCAGGAGCCAGAGCAGCUUUACAGUUGUCAGCCCCAGCAGUGUGAGCUCUCCUGCCACCAGUUUGUCAUCCCCGUCGCCUCCAAGCGUCCAGCAGGUGGCUAUACAGACCCAGCUCCAGGGUUUGACUACUGCCUCCCCCCUCCUGGCUACCUCAACAAGCCCUCCAGCUCAGACCAUCACAACCCAAGUGCAGCAAGUACCUGUGCUGCUUCAGCCUCAGUUCAUCAAGGCUGAGUCUGUGUUGCUCACCACCCUAAAGCCAGACCCCUGUAUGGUCACAACUGUGUCCUCACCCACAUCUCUAGUUACAACCACCAGCCCAGUACAGACCACUUCCCUGCAAGCUUUCUCCAUGGGUGGGGGUACUAUCCUGACAACCGUGCCUGUGAUGGUGGACGCUGAAAAGCUUCCCAUCAACCGCAUAGCUAUCACUAGCAAGGUGUCAGGCCAGCCGCACAAGGGGGAGAAGCGUACAGCUCACAAUGCCAUCGAGAAGCGUUAUCGCUCCUCCAUCAACGAUAAGAUCUUGGAGCUGAAAGACAUUGUGGCCGGCACUGAAGCCAAGCUCAACAAGUCUGCAGUGCUCAGGAAAGCAAUUGACUACAUCCGUUACCUGCAGCAGAGCAACCAGAAGCUCAAACAGGAGAACAUGGCUCUGAAAAUGGCGGCUCAGAAGAACAAGUCUCUCAAAGACCUGGUUGCCAUGGAGGUGGACAGUCAGGCAGAAGUGAAGAGUGAGCUGCCCACUCCCCCGGCCUCUGACGUGGGCUCCCCGAGCUCGUUCUCACACUGUGGCAGUGACUCAGAGCCUGACAGCCCAAUGGCAGAGGAUACAAAGCAACACAUGGGCUUACUGGAGCAAUCCACAACAGGCGGCGUGAUCGGAGGCAUGCUGGACCGUUCCCGCAUGGCAUUAUGCGCCUUUACCUUCCUCUUCCUCUCCCUCAACCCGCUGGCUGCUCUGCUCUGCUCGUCCAGCAGCACCUCUACAGGAAACGCUGCGGACCUAACCCCCCAUCAUCAUGCAGGAAGAAGUGUCCUGGGUGUAGAUAUUCCAGCGGAGUCUUGGGGCUGGAUGGAUUGGAUGCUCCCAACAAUAUUGGUGUGGCUGCUGAAUGGUAUUCUGGUGUCAGGAGUUCUGAUCCGACUGUUGGUUUAUGGAGAGCCUGUAACCCGUCCACAUUCUGGAUCGUCUGUGUUGUUCUGGAGACACCGCAAACAGGCCGACCUGGACCUUGCUAGAGGUGAUUUUGCUCAGGCCAGCCAUAACCUGUGGACCUGUCUGAAAGCGCUUGGUCGCCCCCUGCCCACCUCCCAGCUGGACCUGGCCUGUGCAGCUCUCUGGUCCCUGCUGAGAUUCUGCCUUCAGCGCCUCUGGGUUGGCCGAUGGCUUGCUGCGAGGGCUGGAGGCCUGCGCACAGAUCGCCCCCUACAGGAGGAUGCAUGCAAAAGCAGCCGUGACGCUGCAUUGGUUUACCAUCGCCUGCACCAGCUUCACAUGACCGGGAAGCUGAAUGGCAGCCACCUAUCAGCUGUCCACAUUGCUUUAAGUGCAGUGAACCUGGCAGAGUGCGCCGGCUCCUGCCUCCCCGUAGCCUGUCUGGCUGAGGUCUAUGUCUCUGCAGCUCUACGUGUAAAAGCCAGCCUGCCAAGGAUCCUACAUUUUACAUCUCGCGUGUUCCUGAGCAGUGCCCGUCAGGCAUGCCUUUCAUCCAGCGGCUGUGUUCCUCCAGCCAUGCAGUGGCUCUGCCACCCCCUCGGCCACCGCUUCUUUGUGGAUGGAGACUGGGCUAUUCGCAGCACACCUAAAGAAAGCAUCUACAGCCAGGCGGGAAACACUGUUGAUCCUCUGGCCCAGGUGACGCAGGCUUUUAGAGAACACCUCCUGGAAAAGGCUCUUUAUUGUGUCGCCCAACCACAUGGGGAGAAGGGCCCUAACCAGGCAGAAGGGGAGUACGCUGAUGCCUUGGAGUACCUACAGCUGUUGAUUAGUGCAUCAGAUGCUGCUGGAGCCACAUCCCAGUCCUUUGCAAUCGGCUCCAAUAUGACCACUGUGACUGGCUGCGACCCCCACUCGAAAUGGUGGUCCUCAGUUGCCAUAGUGAUCAUCAACUGGCUUCAGGGAGAUGAUGCUGCAGCAGAGAGGCUCUAUCCAACUGUGGAGCACCUGCCCCGCAGUCUACAGAAUGCAGAGAGUCUGCUGCCCAAGGCGUGUCUCAACACUUUCAGGUCAGUCAGAGCUCUGCUGUCCAAGCCAGAAAACUGCCAGCUGAGUCUGAGCCACACUGACAAGGCCAGCGCCCUGCUCCGAGACAGCCUCAACCUGGGACCACACGGCCACAGCUCCAGCUUAGACAAGGUUGUGGAGUUAUUGGUGUGUGAUCUCCUGCUUGUUUUGAGGACCAACAUCUGGCGUCUACAGCAGCAAGGCUCUAGUCCCACAGGAUCAGGCUUGGCGAGCAGCACCGGUCCGGUCGGCCUUCAUCAGGCGUCUCCUCCAGAACUUCAGGGCUUUCAGCAAGACCUCUGUUCCCUGCGCAAACUGGCACACAGCUUCAGGCCUGCAAUGAGAAGAUUGUUCCUUCACGAAGCUACCGCCAGGCUGAUGGCAGGGGCCAGUCCCACCAGAACUCAUCAGCUAUUGGACCGUUCACUGCGGCGCCGAGCAACACCCGGAGCCAAGACAGAGGAGGAGUGCGAGGCGCGGCCCGGCCAACGGGAGCAGGCUGAGGCCGUGAUGCUGGCUUGCCGCUACCUUCCCCCCUCAUUCUUGUCGGCUCCGGGCCAGAGGGUGGGCAUGCUGGCCGACGCAGCGCGCACCCUGGAGAAGCUCGGAGACAAGAGGACCCUCCACGACUGCCAGCAGAUGAUCAUUAAACUGGGCAGUGGCACCACCGUCACCAGCAGCUAGAGGGAGGGAAAGCAGAGGUGCGGGAGGGAGACUUGCAUGGACGCUGUAUAUUAAAACACCUGUUUUAUACAAAAGCGCACAUGUAGAGGCAGAGUAGAGACUUGCUUCUGCGGAAACCGCCUCUAUUUGAUGUGUAGUGGCAACAAACUGACAGGUUGCUCCUCCUACGUAUCCGACCCCACAUCUUAAGGCACUUUUCCUUUAUGGUCAUUUAAAAGAAAUGUAUGAAUUAAUGUGAGAAAAUGGGAAGUAUGUUUUUUUUUUUUUUCUUCAAUCUGGCCAAACUCCCUUGUGAGAAUAAACUGCAGUGCCCCAGUUUGACCACAAUGAGGAGCCACCUCUUUCCAGAGGUGGGAGCAGAGAGGUGAGGAGCUGUUUGCUCUGAAUUCAUUCAGUGGAGCUCCACCCUCCCUUCUCCUGGCUGUUUGGCAGAUCUGCACCUUUUUCCCAAAUCAAAGAGGGCUCAGCGUGUGGGAGUGAAAAGUUUCCUUGGUUUUUUAUUUUCGGGGGGGAUUGAUAAAUAAAAUGUAACCAAACUCUUUGGUUUGACUGUGGGAAGCCACUCCAUGCUGCAGAAGUUUAGUCACCAGCUGGCUAACCCUCCCCGCCUCCUAUCUGCACUAGCCCUGCCAGGCUGCUUUCAGUGAGUUAACAAUAAGGCUUUAUGAAAUUAUUUUCAUAGCUGUUGUGUAUUUGUUUUGCUGUGUACAUAUUUUACAACAUAUUUAUAAUCUGGAGGAACUUUGAUUAGGAGUUAUUUUGCAUAAGCAGUGAUACAAGCUCAUUUCCUCUCAUUAAAUUCAUUCUAAGUGCUUUUCUUAGAGCAGGUUUAGUCAAGUCAUGACUGUACAGCAUAGAUCUAAGGUUUUUGAACUUUUUAGGUCUUGGAUAUUUAUGAUAUCAUAAACAGUCUACAAUGAGGCAAAAGGAAAACAUCCAUUUUCUUCUGUAUUUAACACCAUCUUCCAGGAAAACAUUUGCUCUUUCCCCUUACUGGUUUCAUAAUUUGACAUGAACUACAUUAUCAUGAGUUCUUUUUAUGUAAUGUAAACAUUUUCAAAAAAAAAGUUUUUUUCAUGUUCCAGUGCCAGUCUGUUUUUUUUAUAGUUGGUCAGAUGACGUUUGAAAAUAUUUGAAACAGCUUUGUUUUAAGGUACAGUCCUGUAACUGAGAUUAUUUCCUCCCUUGUUAUAUUGUUCUUUUUUUCCAUCUUACAUGUAA